UAUAUAUGUUCUCAUGGGAGUCAGCGUAGAUCAGACGCACGACAGGUGGAUGUCGGGAGGCCUGCCGACGCCAUGUUAGUUGUGUAAUUGCUCUGACGCGUCUUUUCUGCUCGCUGUGGAUCUGUGCGCUCCGGAGUCAGUACAGUAAUCAUCGCCAACAUCGCUGGCAGACUGUGUCCGCUCGUUUACGGAAGCUGUCUCUCCCGUGUUGUCCCCGGACGUCUUCUGUUAUUUGAAGGGCACGUCGGCACAGGCGGGCUUCUGCAGCCAGUUUCUUUAAACGCAGGAGGAGACGCGUGCGUUUCUGAGAGAUGUAGUCUGCCCGUCCUGCAAAUCCCUCGCCUGCAUAGCUCCAAACCCACCUGCUCCUCCUCACUGCCAUCUCCACCGCCGUGGAACGAAGGUAGGAAAGGAAGGAAGGAAGGAAAGAAGGCAAGCGCUGAGAUGCCGAUGGUUUCUUCAUACUGGGGGCGGCAGGAAGGGAAAGUUCAGUGUGUUUCUGGUUAACCUUUAACAGAGAGAGAUUCUUGUACAUCUGCCACAGACACCGAGCAACCCCUACAUCUCCAGAAACGGUGCACUCGGCGUAGCAGUUGCAACACUUGGCAGAGAAGAACCUAAACAGAGACAUCAUCUUUGUUGUCACAGAAAUCCCAAGCAAUGGACGCUGAUAAUCAGAGCCAAAGCCAGACACAGGAAGACAACAAAAACAGAGGAGCGGAAGAUUUAACGGAAUCUUCGGCUCCAGCUUCAGACACAGCGACUCCACCCUCUGAUCCCAGCGCAGGUCAGUCUGCGCUCCCUGCCCGGCCUCGGCGGCCCCAGAGAAGCGCGAGAGUCGAGGGCUCUGUAGACAUCUCCGAACCCAAAGCUGAGCCCAAAGCUGAGCCCAAAGCUGAACCCACCCCACCGGCUAGCCAGGGCGAGUGCGCUGCUGACGGCAAUGUGGCAAGUCAUUCCAAACCCGGCGUUAAGGGUGGUGCUAAAGGUCAUGGCCACCAGCCGGUUAGGGCCGCCUCAGUCCCACACCCGUAUGCCAGCAGGCCUGCGCCUCAUCAUCUGAACACUCACGCACAGAGAGCCCUCUCUGUGGCAGGUACCGCCGACACCCAGGCCCAGCCUGUGGAAGACUUCAGGGUCCACAUCAUCACUUGGAACGUGGGUUCAGCGACGCCCCCCGAUGACAUCAGUUCUUUGCUUGGUCUGCAUGUGGGAGAUGGAAACACAGACAUGUACAUCAUCGGGCUGCAGGAAGUGAACUCCAUGAUUAACAAAAGGCUGAAAGAUGUCCUCUUCACAGACCAGUGGAGCGAGGUCUGCAUGGAGAGACUCAGCCCCUUUGGUUACGUGCUGGUGACAUCCCAGCGGAUGCAGGGGUUGUUACUGCUGGUCUUCGCCAAAUACUAUCAUCUUCCCUUCCUCCGCGGAGUCCAGACUGAGACCACCCGCACGGGCCUGGGGGGUUACUGGGGUAACAAAGGUGGAGUGAGCGCCCGCAUGUCGGUGUUCGGUCACACCGUCUGCUUUCUUAACUGCCACCUGCCGGCUCACAUGGAAAACUCGGAUCAGCGCAUGGAGGACUUUGAGAGCAUCCUGCAGCAGCAGCAGUUCGAGGGCCAGGCUGCCACUGGGGUUCUUGACCAUGAUGUUGUGUUCUGGUUUGGGGAUCUGAAUUUCCGCAUCGAUGACCUGGACAUGCAGGUUGUAAAAACAGCCAUUGAUAACAGCAAGUUUUCCAUGUUGCUGGAAAAAGAUCAGCUGAACAUGGCCAAAGACAGUGAGACGGUGUUGGAAGGAUUCCAAGAGGGGCCUCUGAAGUUCCCUCCAACAUACAAGUUUGACGUGGGAACAGAUACAUACGACACAAGUGGAAAGAAACGGAAACCAGCUUGGACCGACCGGAUCCUGUGGCGUCUCAGAGCCACCGCACCUGCCGCUCUGAACGCAGGGAAGCGUGGCUCCAUUUCAGGGCUGACCAGCGGAACCAAGGUGACGCAGCACUCCUACCGAAGUCACAUGGAGUACACCGUCAGUGACCACAAACCAGUGUCUUCAAUCUUCACCCUGCAGUUCCCAUACAAGGUGGAUAUACCUAUGGUCACACUCAUAGUGGAGGAUGAGUGGAACAGUGUUUCUGAUGCCACUGCAACAUUCAAAGUUGCGCCCAGUUACCCCCGCAGCUCCUGGGACUGGAUUGGACUGUACAAGGUGGGUUUCAAACACCACAAGGACUAUGUGGGAUACGUGUGGGCCAAGCAGGAGGAAGCUGACUUUCAUAGACAAGAACAUGAGGUAACCUUUACUGAGGAGGAAUUGCCCAAAGGCUCAGGGGACUUUAUCUUGGGUUACUAUAGCAACAACAUGAGCACCAUUGUGGGCGUAACAGAGCCAUUUCAGAUCCAGCUGCCCACAGGCCUUGACGCCAGUUCUUCUGACAGCUCCGACUUCAGUUCAGAAGAUGACAGCACUGUCGUCCACAUGAAGAUGAGGUCUCGCAGUCCCAGCCCACGCAAAGGCAAACACCGUGGCCAUCGCAGCGGCAGUAAGAGCGGCAGCCGCUCCGGCAGUCCCGCGCAGGCCAAAAAGAAAGAGCCCGACGCCACGAAAGAGCGUGAGUCCACAGGACGGCCAGCAGAGGGCAGCAGCAGCCAGCAGUCAGGUGCUGGGGAGAAAGACAAAAACACAGAGGAUUCGGGAGUGUGAUCCAUCCCAAAGUCCCUCUGUUGUCAUCAGUCACAAAACCAACUGUUGUGUCUUUUACUCCAUACAUCCACUUCACUGUAUAUUUUCUGCCAUGAAAAUGUACAGUUUCUUAUGCCAUGUUUUUCAGGAAAAGCCAUCUGGUUUGUCCAGACGGUUUUCUUUGCCUUGUGUUGUUUUAUUAAGAUGUGCACAUUUUUAUUUAUUUUUACGUUAUUUGAUUUUUUUUUGUAAACCUUUCACUUUGUCUAGUGUUACUUCUAUCUUUGUCCGUUCUCAGGUGUGGACAGUACAGGGAGCUGACACCUUGCAUUAGAAAACACUCAAGGAUUUAUGGUCAGGUAGAGUAAAAGAGUGGUUAUUCAAUGCUUUUUAGAAACCAUAUUCCUCAUUUAUUUUAUUUUUUUUACAGUGCUUUGAAAUUCUGCACUGAUGUACCUAGCAGUCAUGUCAGCAGACUGCAGUUAAGCAACAGAAAAAGAUUAUGGGACGAGGCGUGGGACAUACUUGACACAGACAUUGCUCACAAAUCACUCACCGUUUCCUUUUAGUUGUGGAACAUGUAUCUGCUUGCAAACAAAUCGGCUCGUGCCAAUUGGAUUUCGUUCGAAAACAUCUAUGAAUCAACAGCAGCUCUGUCAACAAUCACGCACAUUAUUCUUUUCUGUGAAUGCAGAAAGCCUUUGACUUAUAUGGAUACAACCCAGUGGACAUUCCCUGCAUUAGAAAGUCAUAUAUAUACAGGGAGCAUUUCCUUCCAGGGUGCAUAAAAUAUGACCAGAAUCAAAGUAGGUGGAGAUUGGGAUUCAGGUGGCUCGGCCCCUGACCGUGGCUGCAGCACAACACAUGUCAGUGUAGAGAGUGAAUGUGAGCGUAAAGGCCUUUAAAUAGACCGCCAUAUCAGUGUAGUGGGGUGUGAUGGGUAUAGGAAGCUAGCUGUCAGCUGACACAGCAUAGCUGUCUUGCCAGAGCUGAUUAAUUGUCGGCCACUGCCGUUAACGCUGGGCCAGCUACAGCGUUAACCACUACAGCAAUACCUGACCCAAUGUGAAUUUGCUCUCACACACAUACUUUUAACGUGACUAUUCACUUUUAAACAAUUUUCCCCAUGACAAAAAAAAAUGCUUUUUUCAAAUAAUGUUAUUAAUAUUUCAAAAGAUUAAACCCAGAACGAGACAGUAUUUAAUCUGGAUACGUCACACAAAUGCGAGUAGGAGCUCUACUAUGUAGAGCUACGACAGGGAUUUGUAUUGUGCUGUAGGUAGUGUCACACACAAAGCUGACAUGUUCCACCAUCAUGAAACAUCACAAUGCUAAUGUGAUGUUUCAUGUAAACGAAAUAGUCCUAUUCCUCUUCAAAUGAUUUCCACCUUUCAGUUUUGCUUUUUCUUUUCAUUGCACUAUGUUUGUUUUGCUCACAUCCUCCCUCAGUGAUCCUGGUGAUUAGCUGACAGUGACAAUAAUCACAAUAGUCGUGUUGCAGUGUUACUGUGUAAUCUCUGAUGCACCGUCUUACACUCUUUGUACUUUUGGGCUGUUAGCGUAGGGCAGUGUAUACUGUUGUAGCUGUGACCUCAGUGUGUAAGUCAGUAGUUCGUUUUUCUGUGUAUGUGUAUUUCUGAAAGUGUGUGUGUGUGUGUUUUGAAUGGUGGAGGUGUGUCUGUGUGUGUGUGUCUGUGUGUGUGUGUGUGUGUGUGUGUGUGUAGCAAGCCGUGGCAGUAAAAGGGGUGUGACUGUGUUUGCAUGGUUUGCUGCUGGACAUACUGUACAUUCCGGUACUGUGGUUUUUGUGCCGUAAAGUGCUGUUUUUUGACUCCUCUUUGUCAUAAUCGUGGCUGUGAAAAUUAAAAAAAAAAAAAAAAAAAGGAGAAAACAUGGUAAGGACAGUAUAAAAAUGUAUCUUCAGUGUAAACGUCAUAGGUGAAGAAUUGCAGGGGUUACACUUGCAUCAAUCUGAAAUCAUUUCAUAGUACAUUCAUGUAUUUUCUUGAGUUUGGAACAAACUCUUAUGGACCUUUGUUUAAAAUUACAUAUUUAAAAAAAAGAUUGUCAUACUUUAGAUAAUCUAGAUAACUAUGCUGUCUACUGCAGUCAUGAAUAGUGGCUAUGUAUUGUGAGAUGUUAAUGAAAAAAAUGAUAUGCAGAAUGUCAUCGUUUUGUAAUUAUGUGGCUGAAUAUUGAAGAAAAAAGUAUGUAAAUGACAAAUAUGAAGUAUGGUAGAAAAUAUCAAAUAGAAGACAAUCUAUGCCGCAAAGAUUAUUUUACUUAAAUUAUGUAUUUAUUUUCUUAUUUAAAUGCUAAAUAAGAUUGAAUUCUGCUGGCCAGUUGGGGAGAAUCAUCUCAGUGGGAAAAUCAAAAUAAUAUCAGAGAAUAUUGAUAGUUAUUUUCUUUUUCUAUCGGGAACUUUUAUGGCAGAUGGUGAUUUCUCCGGUUUCCAUCUUAGUGAACUCAGACCAUGUAUUACUUUUAUUGUCACGAGUGUAGAUUGUUUAGUCUACAGGUGUUUGUAUAAAUGUGAAUGAAACUACUCAAAAAAAACAACUGAAUACUCCGGCAAGCUUGUGAGAUAUAGAUUUUUUGGUCUCUGAAGAUUUAUAUUUAACUCAGUGAAAUCAUCUGAUCAGAGAGGCAAGAUGGUUGUUCAACGGUUGCUUGCGUUGUUCUCCAAUCCAAAAACUCGUGCAACACUGUCCAAAGAAAUAUACUCCCUUUCAAAUUGUG